AUGGAUACAAAAGAGUUUCAGAAUAUAGCAGGCAUUAGAGGAGGGUGUUCCGUUGCGAUAGAUAAUGUCAAUGAAGACAUUUAUUUAGGUGGAAGUGAUGGAAUUUAUAAAUACAACAUGAUGACCAAAUUAGCAGAUUUCUAUAAAGAAGCCGGAAAAAAUAUCUGGGCACUAUUUUUCAGGAGAAACUUAUUCUACAUUAGCUAUCCAGAUCAAAAACUACAUAUCGAAAUAGAUGGAAAAUUUGCAGUAGUCAAAGAAUUUGAAAGUUUCGAAGUUGAUCAAUUUCACGUUACAACUGACAGUGAGGACAUAUAUUUCGCUAAUAAAACGGGAUUCUACAAAUACGAUAAUGCUAGAUUGAAAGUAAAUGUUAUUAAUGAUGUGAUCACUGUGAGACAGAUAGCCGAAGAUAACGACGGAGAUCUGUACAUUUGUACAAAUUUAGGGAUUUUUGUUGACUUGAAACAUGAAGGAUUUAAAAAAGUACUGGAUUUGAAAAACAUCUACAGUAUAACGUUCGAUAAAGAUAACAACGUCAUUAUUUCUGAUGAAAAAAGAAUAAUAAAGCUGAUACAUACAAUGACUGGUUGUCCUGGUAAAGACAACUCACACUGGUGA